UAUAAGAUGCAGCCGUUCGUAAUUAAAAGAGUAUAAUCAAACUGGGUUAUCACUAACAUGGCUUUCAAAGUGCUAUGCGCGCUGGCUUUGCUUUCCGCUGCAUCAGCGGCCCCAGGAUCCCGCCUGACUGGAGGCAGCCCGCUGCCCGUCGAGGAGUUUCCCUCCGUGGUGGCAAUCACCUACUACUACCCGCGGCCUCAGAUCACCGUUCAGAGAUGCGUGGGUUCCCUCGUCUCGUCUAUCCAUGUGAUGACUGCUGCGUCCUGCUUUGACGGCGCAGACCUCGAUAACAUGAGGGUCCGCGCCGGUUCCGCCCAGCCUCUCUCCGGAGGCACUGACGUCGGCGUCACACACUUCAUCGCGCACCCUGACUUCGAGGAGUCUCCCAGGACAGCAGACAUUGCAGUUCUGUUCCUGGAGCAGUUCCUUCCCAUCACUUCUACUGUGAACAUCCUGUACCUGCCUCCUCCAGGGUACGAUAUCCCUGAUGGAAUCAGCCUGAGAGUGGCCAGCUGGGGAUUUGAAUCUUUGGACGGUGGCCCGCUUAAUGACCUGAAGACCGCCUUAUUGCCGAAGAUACCUUUGGCCCAGUGUCAGCAAGCCUUCGCCGACUCCGAAGAAGCCAGCAUUACACCUUCCGUCGUCUGCACCUUCGCGCCAGGCCAAGGCAUAUGCCACGGCGACGUGGGCGCCCCGGCGGUGAUCAGCAACGUUUUAGUCGGAAUUGCGUCUUACUACGAGAACUGCGACGGAACCCACCCCGAUGUGUGGACCAGAGUCGACAGCUACACCACCUGGAUCAUGCAAGUGACUUCUGGAGCGUCCCGCAUGCUGGCAGUUUAACUGUGAUAUCGUUUGCCGCACUCGACUCACACGUCACCAAAAUCAAUAUACUAUUUCCCAAUCGUUCCACGUCCCAAAUGUAAUUUGCGAUUUUGCAUUAUCGCCAAGUAUUCCCGUAUACUUCGAUGCUUUUUUGCUUAGCCACUGUCCCCCGAUCGCGAUGUGGUCCACGGAUCAAAACAGUGAUUAUAGCGAAUCCUAUCUUCAAGUCCACAAAAUCAUUUUGUAAAUGAACUGGUGUUGAUCAUGAAAGAAUUUCGAAGUACUGAUGAAUCGAGUAAGGCUAUUCUAGUCUUUUAGAGAUUUGAUGUGUCUUAAUAAAAAUUAAGAGCAAAAUUAGGCCAAAAUUCGUCACUGAUUAAGUUAAAGAAUCUAGUUUUUACAAAUUCUUCUCAAAAUUUUAAUUUAUAUGUUUAGGUAUGAUAAGACAUUUUGUUAAUAAAAAAUGAAUGUAUUAAAUAAAAUAUUUUAUUUAUUGAUUAAAAUUUUACAUUUA